UAAAUUGUUUCGGUCAUUUAGUUGACGGCAAUCGUUCUCUGAAAAUGGAUUUGUUGUAUGGAGUGAUCGGAGUAUUUUUACUUGCUUAUUAUUGGGUGAAACGACGUUAUAAUUUCUGGAAUAAUCGUGGUUUCGUUUCACCUAAAGCUAGUUUUCCAUUCGGUUCGCUCGGAGGUGUUGGUUCCACAAUAACUUCCGCUGAGGCAUUCGAUAAUUAUUACAAAACAUACAAAGGAAAGGCUGCAGCGGUCGGAGUUUACUUUUUCUUGAAACCAACAAUCUUACCCAUUGACCCAGAGCUAUGCAAGAGUAUUUUCGUUCGAGAUUUUUCCUCAUUUCAUGAACGUGGAUUUUAUUAUAACGCUAAGGACGAUCCAUUGUCCGCUAACUUGUUGUCUAUCGAAGGACAAGUUUGGCGAGAUCGAAGAACAAGUUUGUCGCCGAUCUUUACGUCUGGUAAAAUGAAGAUGAUGUUCGACAUUAUACUCACACUGUCUCAUAAACUGGUUGACAUAAUUGACAAUGAAUUAAAUUCAAAUCAUAAUUUCGAGAUGAGGUCAUGGGCUCAACGGUUCACUGGUGAUGUAAUUGGCAAUGUUGCGUUUGGAUUGGAUUGUAAAUGUCUGGAUGAUCCCGAUUCCAUAUUUCUGAAACACAGUCGUCGACUAAGCACUCCAACCGAACUUGAUCUUUUGAAAUUUUUGCUAUCGUCAAGCUUCCCAGAUUUAUGCCGGAGAUUACACUUCCGAAGUAACCCCAAAGAGAUAGCCACUUUUUUCCACACUGCCUUCAUUGACACUAUGAAAUAUCGCACGGCUAAUCAUAUCGACAGAAACGAUUUCGUCUCCAUGCUGUUGGGCCUAAAAGAUUUGUUUACAACGGAUGAAUUGGCGGCAGAAAGUUUCAUAGUUUACAUUGGAGGUUUCGAAACGAGUUCGACGUUGAUCAGUUUCACAAUGUACGAAUUAGCACUAAAUACUGACGUACAGGAAAGACUUCGUUACGAAAUAAAAUCAGGACUUGAUGAUAAUAACGGCGAGUUAACAUAUGAAAUGUUGUUCGGAUUCAGAUACCUUGACAUGGUUGUUAAUGAAGUGAUGCGCAAGUAUCCGCCUAUUCCGAAUACGUUCAGGAAAUGCAAUAAAGAUUUUCCGAUUCCGGAAACAAAUUUGGUUAUACCGGACGGAGUCUUAGUGAACUUAAAUAUUUUCUCUUUUCAUCGCGAUCCUGAGUAUUACCCAGAUCCAGAUAAGUUCGAUCCGGAAAGAUUUACGCCCGAAAAUUGUAAGCAGCGUCAUCCCUUUACAUUCAUGCCGUUUGGGGAAGGUCCUAGAAAUUGCAUCGGAUCGCGUUUUGGAUUAAUGCAGGCGAAAGUGGCAGUCGUAAAAUUAAUAGAGAACUACAAGAUAUCGAUUAAUAACCAAUCGCCAAUACCGAUGAAAUUCGAACCAUCAUCACCUUUUCUUGCUCCAGUUGGUGGAAUGUGGUUGAAUUUGGAUAAACUUUAUUGAGCGCAAAGUUUAGUUAUUGAAGACAAUCAAAAGUUGGGAAGUGCUCAGUUUAUAGAUCCACCGAUAAAUUGAGAAAUUCCUACCUAAGAAACAGUUUUUAUUAUCAACAAUAAAGAUAAUAACCACCAUCUACUCACUGAGUUUAGAUGAAGGACAAAAUUUACAAAUUAAG